AUGAACCUGACCUCCAGCUCUGAUUCCAUCCACUUGCUCACCAACAGGUCAUCUGGUGGUUCGUACAAUGAGUUGGCCAUAUUAUCUGACAGUGUUGGAGGAUGGAAGCAGCAUAAUGUCACUCAUAUCUCAAGGCACGGAGGGAAUUUCACAGAUUCACCAGUUAACGGGACAUUAAUCCUGCCAGCAGAGGAUUUUGACCCAUUGGGUGGACAUACUGUCUUGCAGGUCAUCGUAAUUGUCUUCCUCACUGGAUCACUUUCUCUUGUCACGGUUGUUGGCAAUAUCCUUGUGUUGGUGUCCUUCAAGAUCAAUAAGGCCCUGAAGACAGUGAACAACUACUACCUGCUUAGCCUAGCAUUUGCUGACCUUACCAUUGGCACGCUGUCAAUGAACCUAUACACCACUUACAUCAUCAUGGACCAAUGGGCUCUGGGACCAGUGGUGUGUGACUUAUGGCUUGCAAUAGACUAUGUGGCCAGUAACGCUUCGGUCAUGAACUUGCUUGUCAUCAGCUUUGACAGGUAUUUCUCUGUUACCAGACCUUUGACAUACCGGGCCAAGCGUACAACUAAGCGAGCUAUGACCAUGAUUGGAUUAGCUUGGUCAGUAUCUUUUAUUCUUUGGGCCCCAGCCAUCCUUUUCUGGCAGUACAUCGUGGGUGAGAGGACAGUCCAGCCCAAUGAGUGCUACAUCCAGUUCCUGUCCGAGCCCAUCAUUACAUUCUCCACUGCUGUUGCUGCAUUCUACUUGCCUGUGACUAUCAUGUCAUUCUUGUUUUGGAAGAUUUAUCAGGAGACAGAGAAACGGGUUAAAGAUAUGCAAGGUCUCAAGGCCUCUGGGUCAGGCAACAGCCAAAGCCAGGCUCAGAAUCAAGGGACCAUAAGCUCUCAAAGCUGCAGCAGCUAUGACCUAAAUGAGCUAGCUUCAGACAAGGACAGCAAGAAAAAUGCCAGCAUACCUGGAGGAACAGGAAGCAAGGCGAGGUGUGCGGCAUCCUGCUUUCGGUUUUCAUUACUUCUGUCAGGUCGCAAUGCAUCAAAGAGGUCCGUCAACAGCACAAUAGCUAUUGUUGGGGAAACUGAGCAGAGCAGCUGUGACAGUCUUAACAACAAUCAAGAUGGAGCCCAGUCAGGUUCAGAGGACGAAAGUGACGGUGCAGACCCAACAAGGCCGCGAACAGAUGCAAAGAAAUCUCGAAGAGUGAAAAACAAAGAUAAACAGUCGUCGAAAAAAAGUCAAAAGGGGUUACAAUCAAACCCGGCCAACUCAUCACCCGCCGACCAAUCUACUGCAGCCAUCACUAUCAAAGAUGCAACUAUGGCUAAGCGCUUUGCUUCUAAGGCCAAGACAGAGGUUAACAAGCGCAAGAAUGAAAAAAAGGCAAAUGAGAAGAAAGCAGCUCGGACACUCAGUGCCAUCCUCUUCGUCUUCAUCACAACAUGGCUACCAUAUAAUAUCAUGGUUUUGGUCAACACUUUCUGUCAGGACUGUAUUCCAGAGACUCUUUGGGCGCUGGGUUACUGGCUAUGUUAUGUCAACAGCACGAUCAACCCCAUCUGCUAUGCCCUUUGCAACAAGACCUUCCGAACCACUUUCAGGGAUAUUCUUAUGUGCCAGUGGAAUCAAAAGAAAAACCAGCCUAACUUUCCUCAGAGGAAGGCUGUGGCUUUUAAGAAAAAAGACCCAAUUUAG